UGUAACCGUCUCUCUGUCCUUCCAGCCGCAACCAUGAGCUGCUUCACCUGCAUCAAGGUUCUCAUGAUCCUCUUCAACCUCGCCAUCUUUGUGAGUAUCCAAGGGGGUCUGAUGGACUUUUAUCUCUUGUAGUUCUUCUCCAUUGUCCUGAUCAUCUUCAUCGCGGAGAUCGCCGGCGCUGUGGUCGCUCUGGUCUAUUCCUCUCUGGCGGAAAGCUUCCUGAAAUCUGCCCUGACUCCAGUUCUACAGAAUGAUUACGGAAACAACCAGCAGGUCGCCGACUCCUGGAACAAGACCAUGGAUAAGUUUCAGUGCUGCGGACUCUCCAACUACACCGACUUCAACAAUUCCUCCUACGUGCAGAAAAACGGACAUUACCCCCAACAAUGCUGCGCCUCCAACACCACCUGUACAGAGGCUAAUGCCGCCAACGCUAAAAUUAAGGGAUGCUUUGAUCAGAUUCUGCAGUUGUUGAAGACGAACGCGGCCAUUGUGGGCGGCAUCGCAGCCGGAAUUGCGGCCCUGGAGCUGGUGGCAAUGGUGGUGUCCAUGUACCUGUACUGCAAGAUAGACAAGCACGGCUCCAUCCACUAACAGCUGAGGGCUCCCCGGUCUGUACGUGAUGUAAAUGACAUUUCAAGACGAGGAUUGGCGUCAAUGCGAUAUGACUACGCUGGGCC